AGAUUCAAAACAAAUUCAAAAAGGACCAUCUGUAUGAGUUAAGUGACAGAUGACAGCAUCUCAAAAAUCAGGAAUUAAAUCACUGAAGAGGGGGAUGACAAAAUCUCAAGAGCACACAAGAAAUACACUUGCUUUGAUACGUUCGAUAGGAAAAGUUAAAGAAAGGAAGAUUUUUUUUAAAGAAAAAACUAUAAAUUGUUGAAAGAAAAUUUGUUAAAGCAAAACCAGAAAAUAAAAAAGUGAAAGAAUUUAAAUACAACUAAAUCGAUCAAAUUUGAUAAUUUUAUGAAAUAGCAAUUGAAUACAUAAUAGUUGUGUGUAGGUGUGUGUUUGCAUGUGUGUUCCUGCAUAGAGUAUCCUUUUUCUUGGCACAUCAACUUCCACCUAUUAAGUCAUCUUCCUUUGCUGACUGUUCGCGGAUUUUACAAAUUUAAUUAUGGGCAUUAAUGAAAUCUCACAAAUGGCUGCAACGGAUGAUGCCCUGGUCACAAAUGGUUCAAAAUUAACCCUGGAUCUAUUUGCCGAUAUUUUCCGAUGCAUCGAACCGGAAGUACAAAUCGAUACAUUUGAGGAAGAGCAAGGAUCCGGCCGCGGUGACAAUUACACAGCCACCCUUUAUCGCAUCCACCUGGCGGGCCAUCGCAAAUGUCCGGACGAUGGCAAAAAACAAAAAUGGGAACACAAUGUCAUCUGCAAACGUUUGCCGGAGAAUCCAAAACUGCGGGAGGCUUACAAGAGUGAUAAGUUGUUUAGGAAUGAAAUUGAAUUCUACACCUCCAUAAUGCCGGAACUUUUGAAGUUUCAAAGUACCAAAACUUCGGAACUAUUCCGGGCCAUGCCGAAAUGUUAUUAUGCCCGGUCGGAUCUGCUUAUAAUGGAGGACCUGCGGACACGUGGUUUCCAAAUGCCCGAUCGAAAACAGGGUCUAACCAUAGACGAAACCCAAAUGGUGUUGAAACAAGUUGCCCAGCUGCAUGCCCUUAGUUUGGCCUACAAAUUUGAAAAUCCCAAACAAUUUGAGAAUCUACGCAAGCUAACGGAGGAGGGGUUGUUCUCCAAUGACAAUGUCAGUUGGUACCGGAAGUACUAUGAGACCUUAACCAAAAAUGCCCUUAAAAUGGUCUCCGAUGUCCUGCCGGAAAACUCCAAAUAUUUACAGGCAUUCAAAGAGUUUGCCGAGACAACGACAUUUUUCCAACGCAUGGUCAGCAUGGUUAGUGAAGAGUCCGCAUUGUCGGCAUUUUGCCAUGGCGAUUGUUGGGCCAACAAUUUUUUGUAUCGUUAUGAUGUCCAGCCAAGUGGCGAGAAAAAGGUUGUGGAGGUCUGCUUGGUGGAUUUCCAGUUGAUACGUUACAGCUCCAUAGCCCUGGAUGUGGCCAAUCUAAUAUUUUGUUGUACCAACAAAUCCAUGAGAGAUGCCCACUUGGAAGAGUUCCUUAAUUUGUAUACCCGAGAAUUGUUUAAAUGGCUGCAGUUGUUGUGCGUAAAGAUACCAGAAUUCUGUAAUAGCUUGGAGAAACUUAGUGAGAUAUUCCGUUCUGAAUUAAAAACUUAUGGCCGUUUUGCUUUGGGCUUGUCGCUGGACAUAAUACCAAUAAGCACAUGUUCCUCUGAGGAUGCUCCCGAUAUGUAUAUAAAUCGUUCCAACAGCGAUGGCAUGGAUGGCUGCCAGUAUGGGGCACCAGAAUUGAAUUUUCCACCCAACGAUUUGUGCCGUCAGAAAAUGUCGGAAAUCCUUAUCGAUAUGGUCGAUAAUGGCAUGCUAUAAAAACGAAACAUUUAGAUUUCAAUAUUAGAACUUAGAGAUUGAAAAUAGGAAAAGAAAACAAAAUACGAACUCGUAAAUAUAUUUCUAAAUUAUAUUAAAAAAUAUAUAAAACGAUA